AGAACUGUACUAAACGAGUGACACUCUUCUAGAAGUCUCACUUUUACCAUCUCUGUCCGAAGAGCGGCAUUAAUACAAACACCUUUCCUACAGAAGUAGUGCCCCCUCUUGCAUUUCACUCUUACACACCAAAGAUCAAACCUUUUUAAGGUUUCUCAACUUGGGUGGGAAGUUGUGAACUUGCAGCAGAUGAUGGAUGCUGAUAAUGUUAUAGUUGUGUCCAGGAAUGGAAUAAGUAGCGAAACUGAAGACCAUGAAAAACAUCCAGCUAAGUUCGAUGACGAUGCAUCUUUAGAGGAAGGAAAUGGCUCAGACAUUGAACGAAUAAACAGGAGUUUUGAAGGUUCGUUGAAAUUAAGUAACAGGUCCUUCACUGAGGAUGAGGAAAUGACGCGUGAGGAUAUUGAUAGCCUGAGUGAAUCCAAGGAUCUUGGAAUGGGAGAAAGAAAGGAGUCAGAGGAUUCUGCAUUGCAGAGGGAUGUAAGCAAUGUCGUGAAUGGGAAGCCUUCAAACCAAAAAUCUUCUUCAGGGAAACGCGAGAAAAAGAUUGGAAAUGGCAUUGAGUCACAAGCAACUCCUGUUUUAAGUGCUUCUGCCACUGUUGAUUCACAACGGAAACAACCAUUUGCUCUUAGGACAAAGAAUACACAAAUUAAUGACAAGCAUAUUUCUGAAAGCAAGACAAAGCCAGCCCCUAUGCAAAUUAAGGCUCGUGUAACUAAGCACUCUGAAAAGUCUAGUGCACCGUCAUCAAGGACGAAGUUGUCUGAAUCAGAAGGCCUUAUGGAAAAGCCUAAAAGGGAGACACAGAAAAUAGUUGGUCCAGAUAAAGCAGAAGGAAGCACUCAUUCAUCUUCAAGUUCGGGAGCAGGAGAUAGUAAAACCAAAAGACUGGGAACUCUACCAUCUUAUGGUUUCAGUUUCAAGUGUAAUGAAAGAGCUGAGAAAAGAAGAGAGUACUAUUCUAAACUUGAGGAAAAAAUCCAAGCCAAGGAACAAGAGGAGAACACCCUGCAAGCUAGAUCUAAGGAAAAUCAAGAAGCUGAAAUUAAGAACUUGAGGAAGAGCUUGAAAUUUAAAGCUACGCCCUUGCCAAGCUUUUAUCAAGAGCCUCCACCUCCUAAAGCUGAGUUGAAGAAGAUACCAACAACAAGAGCAAAAUCUCCAAAAUUUGCUCGAAAGAAGGAUUCACCCAGCAGAGAUUCUCAGGAAAACAAUAGGCGCAGUUUGCCAUUUAGUCGGCUAAGUAUGGAUGAGAAAAUUUCUCAAAAUAAUCCUAAUAAAGCACAUUCUCCUGUCCCUGUAAAGAAGCCGACACGCAAGUCUCUUCCAAAACUGCCAUCUGAAAGGACCAGCUUAUCAAGUGAAAGAACCAAGGCUGGAUCUCAUAAAGCUGCCUCGACCAGUGAGAAGGACAAGUCGAUUUCUCCUGAACUAGCCUUAUCAAAUACUUGUGAUGAGAGUGCAUCUUGCACUAAUCAUGAGGUAACCCCAAAUACAGAGCCAAGUCAGAGUCAACAAUUACCCAGUUGUGCACCUGAAGUUGAAUACCAGACGCAGAUAAUUUCGGGAGAGGAAUCUGUUGCAACCGAGGACUAAAAAUUGCGCAGCACUGGUAUUUUUGCGUUUUAAAAGCUUGCGUUACAAUAAUCUUGUGGGGAAAGGGGAAUGGAAAAGACCUGAAAUCAUGUAGUUUAUGAUUCAUAUGUUGUCUCUUCUAUAUUCAGCAGCAAGAUUUGUUGUUCAAUGUGGUGCUUUAAAAGUUUGCUGCUUCUGUCAGGGAUUUUUGCAUUGGCUGCUAAGACUUCUAUUAUGCCCGUGGCAAGUAUGAAAAACAAAAAUUCUCCGGGUU